AAAAAAAAAAAAAAAAACGUCACCUCUAUCUUUCAUUUUUUUUUUCCUCUUUUCUUUUCCUUUUUAUUUUUUUUUAUUUUUUAUAUAUUCAUAUUUAUAAUGGCUGAAGUGAGUACAGCACCUGCUGGCAUUGGAUCUGUUGAAGAGCCACUCGAUCUUGUUCGACUUUCUUUAGAUGAACGUAUUUAUGUUAAAUUAAGAGGCGAUCGUGAAUUACGCGGUAACUUACAUGCUUAUGAUGGUCAUUUAAAUAUGGUGUUGGGUGAUGUUGAAGAAACAAUUACAAUUGUUGAUGUGAAUGAAGAUACUUUAGAAGAAGUCAUUAGAACUGUGAAGAGAAAUUUUGAAAUGUUAUUUGUUAGAGGAGAUGGUGUUAUCUUGGUUUCACCUCCUUCAAGAGCAUAAUAGUAAAGUCAAUUUUUCAGGAAAAAUAAAAUAAAAUAAAAUCUGUAAUUAUUGUAUGCGUACUGAUUGUAUAGGAUAAAUGAAGAAUUAUGUAGGAAUACUGAAUAGUAUAUUUUGUACUGUUUAGUACUUGUUUAUUAAAUUUACUUUGUUCUUUUGUCGUAAUCUUCCUUGGCCAGCAUUAUGAGUAUUCAUGACUAGAAUAGAUUGACUUUUUUUUUUCUUUUUUCUUUUUUACAGUUAUAAAUUUCCUUAUGCUUAUACAUUUUCAUAUUUGAAACUAU